UCACAGAACUGAACUGAUCUCCAUCCACUCGAACCACUUUGCGACUCUCAAGCUAAACCAAGAAAUGCUUCUUUCUCUUGUGCAAUCCACCAUCACAUCCUCCUCACCCUUCAAGAUUCUGAGCCCCACUACUACUUCUGACCUUCCCAGAACUCUCUUUCUUGGACUUCCAACCCAACCCACCACAAAUGCUCUCCAAAGAUUCCUCCUUUUCACCAAAAGCUCACACUUUGCCAAACCCAGAAAGCCCUCACUUUCCAUCAAUGCUUCUCUGAUUGAAGCACCAGUCAUAUGGGUUGGCAGGCUUUGCAUCUUCUAUGCUCUCUUGAAGACUGGGCUGGCUGGAUCUCAAGCUAACCCGCUUGUCUCAGAUUUGGCUGAGAGUCAAGGUGGAGGUGUUGGUAUUGAGUCUGAGGAUUUGGGGUUUUCUAAGUGGUUGAACAGCAUACAGGGGAAACCAGCUAAAGACGCAGCUGAUGGAAGAAAAUUAGUCAGCAAAUGGCAUCCUACCACAAAGGGUACACUCAGAAGGAAUUACAGGGUACCAUCUAAAUAUGAAGGGCGGCGUAUUCUAAAAGCCAUUGCCUCUUUAUUGUCAGAUGAUGAUCACUUUGUAGAUGCUACCUCCCACAAGGGCUGUCAGAUCAGAAGGGAGACUGCACAUGGAGAAAGCGUGUGUUGCAACAAUGUGAGGGCUCUAUUUGAUGAGCUCCCAACUCCACACCUAGUUGUGGAAAUCACUCCUUUUCCUGCUGGUUCUCUUACAGAAAAUGAUUACACCAAAGCUGAGAAACUAGAGAGGGUGCUCAGAUCCGGUCCUUCUAUUUGAGUCAUGGACUUUCACAUGCUUUUACUCAAUUUGUAUUGACUUUGUCUUUGUACAUAGCAAAAUAUCAUAUGAAGUUUGGUUUCUUCCCUUGUU